GAAUUAGUAGAAGAAAGUACAUUAAAUGAAGGCGCAAUUAAUGAAAAGGAUGUUGCUAAUGAUACUAAAAAAGGACAAAAGUAUGAACCAGAUAAACAUGUAUAGUCGCAUCAAAUAGAAAAACAAAUUAUUGCUUCUAGUUCUCAGAAGCCUAAUUUAAAUGACCAAAAUUAAAACAAAGAAACCACAGCACUGGUAUAUCAGCCAAUGGUUACAGUGGAAGAUGCAAGCAUGAUUGAGGCAACAGUCAUUGGAUUUGAUGGUUCUGAAAACCUAAUUUAUGAAAACAUACAAUGUUAUAAAGAAGAAAUAUCUGAACAAAUAUUAACGGAAGACCAAAUUGAAAACAUGAGCCUGAGCCCUAAGUCUCGAUGUGCCAAAAAUAAUGACAGUCCAUUAUUGAAUAUGAACCAUGAAAGUGAAUCACCAAUAGAUGACCAAGAAAUUGAAGGAAAUGAACAACGAAGCUCUGAAGAAGAAGAGUCUGACUGGUUACAAAAUAUUUCAGAUUCAGAAGAUUCAGAAGACACAGAAUCAGAAGAUUCCAAUGGAGGUUUAGAUACAUCUUCAGAUAAAGACAAAGACAUCAAACACAAACAACAAAAUAAAAAUCCAACUAAUAACAGACGAAAUAAUACAAAUACCAAAUACCAAAAACCAAUUCUAAAAGAAAAUAAUGGCAAAGGUAAAAUAAUUCACCUAUUAUAAACCUAUUCCUACCUACAUAACUAUUCUGAAUCAAUAGUACAUCAUCCAACAAAGAAAAAAAGUAGAUUAUUUUCG